UUCUCAGCAUGCUGAGUAACCCUCUGGGGAACGUCCUGGGGAAGCCCCCGCUGGGUUUCCUGCCUCUGGACCCCAUUGGCUCUGACCUGUCAGAAAAGUUUUCCACACCAACGCUGAGAAACUCCCGCCUGGAUUCCCGCUCUCUCCUGGACUCCCGCUCCAGCAGCCCCUCGGACUCGGACACCAGUGGCUUCAGCUCUGGCUCUGACCACCUCUCAGACUUGAUUUCAAGCCUUCGGAUCUCCCCCCCUCUGCCCUUUCUGCCCCUCAGUGGGGUGUCAAGAGACCCCCUAAAGAUGGGAGUAGGGUCCCAGAUGGAUCAAGAUCAAGCUGCCCUGGCUGCAGUAACUUCCUCCCCUGCCAGUGCAUCAAAAAGAUGGCCUGGAGCAUCGGCGUGGCCUUCCUGGGAUCUUCUGGACUCUCCAGAAGAUCCCUUCAGUAUUGAAAGAGAAGCUAGGCUUCACAGGCAAGCAGCAGCUGUGAAUGAAGCAACCUGCACCUGGAGUGGACAGCUGCCUCCCCGAAACUACAAGAACCCUGUUUACUCCUGCAAAGUGUUCCUGGGAGGAGUCCCGUGGGACAUUACGGAAGCUGGACUGAUCAACACCUUCCGUGUGUUUGGCUCCCUGAGUGUGGAGUGGCCUGGUAAGGAUGGCAAACACCCACGCUGCCCUCCCAAAGGAUAUGUCUACCUGGUGUUUGAGUCAGAGAAAUCUGUGCGUGCUCUGCUCCAGGCAUGCUCCCAGGACUUGCUAAGCCCUGAUGGGCUCUCUGAAUACUACUUCAAGAUGUCCAGCCGCAGGAUGCGCUGCAAAGAGGUGCAGGUGAUCCCGUGGGUGCUGGCAGACAGCAACUUUGUGCGCAGCCCGUCGCAGCGGCUCGACCCCAGCAAGACUGUGUUUGUGGGGGCUCUGCAUGGGAUGCUCAAUGCAGAGGCGCUGGCGGCAGUCAUGUACGACCUGUUCGGAGGGGUGGUCUAUGCUGGCAUUGACACGGACAAGCACAAGUACCCCAUUGGGUCUGGCCGUGUCACCUUCAACAACCAGCGCAGUUACCUGAAGGCUGUGACUGCUGCGUUUGUGGAGAUCAAAACCACCAAGUUUACUAAGAAGGUUCAGAUUGACCCGUACCUGGAGGACUCCAUGUGUCAAGUGUGCAGUGCCCAGCCUGGCCCCUUCUUCUGCAGAGACCAGAUCUGCUUCAAGUACUUCUGCCGCUCCUGCUGGCACUGGCAGCACUCCAUGGAGGUCCUGCGUCACCACCGCCCGCUGAUGCGCAACCAGAAGAACAGAGACUCCAGCUAA